CCAUGAUGCCGUGGAUUCUGGCAAUUAACGGGAUGGAAAUCUGGGUAACUGCCGGCUGUUCUCAAGGCAAGGACACCUGCGCUCCAACUGCGGGGUUCUGAACAGGCAACGACCGACUCAAUACAAGACUCCAAGGUGCACUCUUCGAUGGGCCACAGCUGUUCAGCGUACUGUUGACCCUGUCCACGUUGACAGUGCGAUUCUUUAACAAGUGGGAGCCAUGGCACGGUUCCAAUUCGCAACACUCGUGACUGCCGUGCUGGCAUUGGCACGGCAAAGCUUCUUUGUCCUGGCACAGUCACAGUCCAGUGGAGGAUGCUCUCCCAGCUCUUUUACGACGCCUGGCUGGCUUGUUGAGAACUUCGUGUCCCAGUCAUCGGCAAACGCGACAGUUGCCUCGUAUCGUGCACUCAACCGAGCCACGAACGCCUCGGUGGAACUGAGGUGCCAGGUACCCUCCAGCGGUCCAGUAAUAUCAGGAUGGCAAAGGUGUUCGGCGAGGAAUCGGACCAGCGCAGACCUUCCUUUUGUCGCGUCAUUCCAGACUAACGAGGAGACGGCUUAUUUCCUCUUCAAUGAGACUUGGGCAUGCAAUGAUGUUCCAGGAAGGCCGCUUAACUUUACCGCCGAGGGCAACAGCUCUAUUCCCAUCACCUGUUCAACAAACCAAAGCGGGUCAACGGCCUGCAAGGCCACAAAGCCAUUGCUCAUCCAAGGCCGCCUCCUGUCCCCUAUCAAGAUCACUCCGUCUUCUGUCGCCGGACCGACGGGACACGACACUAAAGGCUGCACUGCCAACGCCAGGACACCAGCGUGGGAAGUGGCAGCCACCCAGCUCAACCUGCAGAACGUCACGGGGAAGCUACAAGGAGGAAAUGCAUUUGUGAUCAUCAGAAACGAGCACCUCGGAUACACCGCGUCAUGCGGAGGAGUGUUCACGGGUGGUGCUGCCGGACCACAGGCGAUAACCUGUCAGGGCCAGACAGCAUACCGGCGGCCAGAAAAAUACCAGAUCAGCACAGUCGUGCUGUUCGAGCCCGAGACAUUCGCACUCACCGUCAACCAGACCUGGUUCUGCGACGAUCAAGACCCGUCCCAGCCAAUCGCCAUCACAGCAAGCGGAACCACCCACCUCGACCUCGCAUGCCAGACCUUCCCGGACUCCUCCACGACGUUCUGCACGGGCGGCACGAGCGGCUCCUUUCCGGGAAACGUCACGUCGCGCGCCAUCCUGCCCCCCUAUGCGCUCAACGACCCGCUGCCGACGGCCGACGGCAGCUGCACCAUCUCGUCGGUGCUGCGUCCGGCGUGGUGGUUCGACAACUUUGAGACCAACACGACCACGGCGCACAGCGAGGUGGUUACGCUCCGGCUGGGGAUGGAGUUGCAGAUCAGGGGUGAUGGGACUAGUAGUGGUGGUGGUGGAGGAGGAGGAGGAGGAGGAGGGGAGGUGGUGCCCUGGAAUAAGUGUGCGUUUGAGAGUGUUGGGGAUCCCAUGCUUGCGCCGACCGGUUGUGAGUUCCGCUAUGACAUGGCGAGUCGGUUUCUGGGGAUGAGGGUGCAGUGGGAGUGUGAGGAUCUGGAUCCCCGCAGUCCGGUCAGCUUCAAGGGGGAAGUGAGGACCUUGCUGCCGGAUUAUACAUGCGUCACGUCGGGCACGAGCAUCCGCUGUGCCUCGCCUGAUCCGAAGCCUUGGAGGGCGAAUGUUACUUCGCUCACGUGGCAGUAGUUUGAGGUAUGAGUGGUUGGGGGUUGUGGUUUCUAUCAAUUUGUUGGGCAUACUCCGGGAUAACGUUAGAUGCUGCCGUUUGACUCCUUGGUCGUGAACUUGUGUGCUAUCGGCAGGUCGGGUGGGGGGAAGUUGCUCCGUCUGACUUCCAAGGCAGUUCUUGGCUUCGCUUGCCUGGAGAACCCCAUCAAAACUCAUCUUGUGAAGUUGCACGCACCUCCCUAAUUGGCUCGAUGGCGGCCUCCCCUCCCUGUCCAAGAGACUAGUAGGCCAAGACGCUCACUGCUGAGGCUGGGCUGGGCGUCUCCAAACACCAUCUCUUGUUGUUGACUAAUCCAACACUCCUGCCACGCAAUGAGCAGUAAACUUAGUGUGCUUGGCUUCACUCGUCAAGAUGGGACGCGACUUUCGAUGACGAUCUCGGCGGCGAACUGGUAUCAUAAGCAUUCCAAAUGCAAAGCCAAAGGCCUCAACGGCGGUUCGACGGAGU